AUGAUCCAAAGCCCAAAGGACGCAGCGGAGAAGCCGAGUAUCGAAGAGUUCAAACAGGGCACAUCGCUGGGUCAGGGCAACUUCUCACGCAUUGUGCAAGUGAAGCACAAAGCAACGGGUGAGCCGUUUGCGCUCAAGAUCAUUGACAAGCAGCACAUCCAUCGGCUACGGAUCCGCCAUCCGAAUAUCUUCAAUGAGGUUAACAUGGAAAAGCACGCGCUGAACCGAUUGCGCCAUCCGAACAUCAUCCGCCUGUACCAGACGUUCCAGGACGCGCACAAGCUGUAUUUCUUACUGGAGCUGCUUAAUGGUGGAGAGCUGCUCAACCAGUUGAUGCAUGAAGGUCGGCAGUUGGGGCUGAACGAAGACCUCGCGCGCUUCUUCUUGGCUGACGUUGUCAAUGCCGUCGAGCACAUGCAUGCCCACCAGCUGCUUCACCGCGACCUAAAACCCGAGAAUAUGGUGACUUGCGAAUCAAUAGGUGGGCACUUGAAACUCAUUGACUUUGGCACCGCUAAGGAUCUUGCCGACAAGAAACUAGAUGGACCGAACUUUGUCGGCACGCCAGAGUAUAUGGCCCCCGAGACGAUCGAAAACAAGGAUCCGACGUAUGCAAGUGAUAUGUGGGCGUUCGGCUGCAUUGUGUACCAGCUUUUGACAGGCGAAACACCAUUUAGUGGUGGCAGUGUCUACCUUACGCUUCUGCGGAUUCAAAAGGGAAGCUACGAUGUACCCGACUACCUUUCAGCUGAAUCCCGCGACUUGAUUCACGCGCUACUUCAGAAAGAUCCUACGAAACGCCUUGGCGGCGUCAAAGCAAAUGCAAUGAGUGCAGCCAAAGCGCACCCGUUCUUCAAAGGCAUUGAUUUCGACAAUCACAUACAAGCAGUCGUACCGUCAUCACACUUUUGUGGAUCGAAGCUCUUUCCACUCGUCAAAAGUCUUGUGGAUGCGAGUGAAUCUUUCGAUGUCCAUCGUUCACUAAACUUUGAUGGAGAGAGUAUUCAGGCGCAGGUCAAUGCACUCUCACCAUCUGAUCGAAGCAUACUGAUGCACAUUCUUCGGCGCAAACGCAAAUUGCAUUUACCAGGCAUAUACCCUCGCUUUUUCAGCUCGGCCAGCCGCGGUCGGUGCAUGUAUGCUUGCAACCGAGAAUACGUAGGAUUCACACACGAUCUGCAAAAACAAUGGGCGGGCAACUUUUGGUUCAUGCAGUUAUGCGGACCCAGGCUUGGCCGAGCAGCUGCUCUUACUGAGGCAGAUGGCAAAGGAGGAUCAACGUGGGAAGCCGAAUCGAAAGCGUUCCUCAAAGCAAUUGAUUUCGUAAAUUCUCGAAAACCAGCGUUUGUUGUGAUCUACGGAAAGUUUGUCGACUCGAAACCGAGCCAGGCAUUUUACGAAGCCCAAGUCACAGCAUUCCAAGAACUAGUGAACCGGAUCGUUCCCCAAUGUCGCCUGGUAUUUGUCGCAGGUUCAGGCGAAUUCGACACGCCCGAUGACAUGAUGGUGUACCAAAAAUACUUUGGCGACUGCCGAUACAGCUUUUGGUAUGGCGGCAUCAAGUUUAUUGUUGCCAACUCAACGGUUAUGUACCACAAUGAAGUGUUUCCAGAUGAAGUGGCAAUGCAGACAGAAUGGAUGAAGCAGGAGCUGGAAAAUGGGAAGCUGUGUGCGCGUGGGACCGUCUUACUUUCUGGUCAGUCACUCUAUCCCGGGGCCCGAGUAGCUGAUAGGAGUGGAAGCAUCGACAAGCAGGCAUUAGUGUGUGCCGAGAUCUCCGAAAAGCUGCAAGCAAAGUAUUGGGAGAUGAUAUGCACUGGUCAGGUAUGCCUUGUGGCAAGUGGAAGUACAACUGACGACAGUGUGAUCAGCAUUUCGACAAAAGCCGUCAAAGGAAAAGCAGACGGGUACAAGUGCGAGAUCGUGUCUUGUAAAUCGCCAUGGGGAGAAUCUUCGAGCGUCAUCCAUUGCACUGAGGUAACUGAAGUUGGCGUUCAUACAAAAGCUUGUCACGUGCAGAGCUCGUGA